UCAAAAUUUUUUUCCGAAAUAAAAACAUGAAGUAAUUUUUACACCGAAACUGAAAAUUACGCCAAAAUUAAUUAAAUUAUGAAUUAAAUACCAUCUGUAAUAAUAAAAUAACGUUAAUAUCCGUUCAAGAUGAUGUUCAGUAAUGUUCUUCGUAACCACAGCUCAUGCAUUUCGAUUCAAUUCUCACGAAGUUUCUCGUCCUCCAGUGUGAACUAUGGUAUGAGAAGUUUCAAUAAAUUUGUCUUAGUAAGAAGAGGAACCAAAAAGGAAAAGAAACAACAAGAAGAAAACCCUGAUCCAGAGUUACAAUAUACGAAUUACGGUCAUAGAGAACCGGGAUAUGUGCUUGGUGGUAAGAGAUACGUACCUCCUGAAUCGAUACCAGAAUUAAUUGUUCCUGAUUUAACCGAUUGUCCAUUCAAACCGUACGUUUCAUAUCGAGCUGUAACUAGAGACGAACCAGAAUUCACUGCGAAAGAUUUAUUCGAAGUAACUUACUGCCGAAAAAUGUACGACGAUUUCAAAGCAAAUAAACUGGACGAAGAUGGUAAUGCUUUAGAACCUAACGAUGCAGAAAAACUCACCGCUCAAGAAGCUUGGGCCAAUGCUCGUAAAUGUAAUAACGAUUUAAUGAAUACCAUCAAUACUUAUGUACCUCGAUAUAUUCGUGAAAAUAGAGAUUAGCUCUGUUAGAUAUGAAAAUCUUGCAUGUUUUUUUAGUUUAAUAAACUCGUUUGCUAUAUAUA